AUGGAGGGAGGUGUCAAUGCUGUAGGCGGCGCCCAUGGCGCUGGUGUUGAAGGCGGUUACAUUGUUGGGUCCUCUGUUGAGGGUGUCAUGGGCAUGGGUAGCAUAGGCGACGACGAGGGAGGCAUGGGCAACUUCCUAGGCACAAACCAGUCGCAAGGAGGCGCCCAUGGUGAGCUUGGUGGCACCAGCGGCAAUGGGCUAUGCAUCCUAGUAAACGGUGGUUACUUGGAUGCAUUGGGCAAUGCUAGUAGAGGUUCAGGCACGUUGGGCAACUCUAGGAAGCACGUGGACAACCAUUUAGACGAGCGCAUCAUAAAGGAGGGUUACUCGAGAUAUUGGAAGAGGCAAAAAGCCAGCUAG